AUGCAUCUUCGUACAUUUUGUACUCAAUAUUUUCAAUCAACAAGUUCAAUGCACAUUUAUAAUCCACAAUCAAUAAUUCAACCAUUAAUUAAACUUACUAAAUCAAUUGCUAUUUUAACAACUGAUAAUGAUCCAGACUGGUCAAGAAAAAGUCCAUGUAAUGUUUAUAAUUAUGGACAAUUAUGGAAAAAAUUAAAUUUAGAUGCAUUAAUAUUAAAUACUUAUACACCUGGUAAUAGUCAUUAUAAUCCAGUUGAAAGAUUAAUGUCACCAUUAUCAAAUUGGCUUGUAGGACUUACACUAAAAACGGAAUAUAAUUGA